CAGAGGCGCCACGCCCGGAACGGCAAGCCCCGCCCCUGUCCCCGCCCCUCCCCGCCCCGCCGCCAAGGCUUGGCGCGCGACGCCCACUCCAGGCGCAGCUCCUGCGCCCUAUUUGGUCAUUGGGGGGCAGGCAGCGGUGGGGUGGGACGUGCGCAGCGGAAGGGGACGCUGAGCGGGCUCCAAGUGCGCAUCUGGGCCGCUAUCGCCACCUCAGUUGGGGACGUACGAGGCCGCCGCUUCCUGCCCUCGGAACAAUGGGACGGGGCGCGCGAGGUGUUUGGGCCGCGCUGCUCCUGGGGACGCUGCAGGUGCUGGCGCUGCUGGGGGCCGCCUUGGACCCCGUGGCAUCUAGAAAUGAAGAGGCUCCCAGGUCUCUGCAGAACUCCAGUGCUAACUCGACAGAUGAUAUCCAACAUAUGCAUCUCAACAGCACGAGUGAAACUUCCAACAGCACCGUGAACCUGACAAGCCCACCGUCCUCAGUUGUGAGCACCGGGAAACCCACAGUACCAUCUAAAACGGCGACAUCACCGGUGGUCUCAACAAACAGGACUUUGACCACUUUAAUGUCUACAACCAAGACAAGUGUUUCACAAAACACAUCUCAGCCGUUAAGAUCGACGGUGACCACAGCCCACAAUGGUUCAGUGGUGUCUGUUUCUUCAUCAAUAACAGUCACAUCAACUAUUCAUUUUAACGAAAAUAAAGGAUCAAAAUUUGAUACUGGAAGCUUUGUUGGUGGUAUUGUAUUAACACUGGGAGUUUUAUCCAUUCUUUACAUUGGAUGCAAAAUGUAUUACUCCAGAAGAGGCAUUCGAUAUAGAACCAUAGAUGAACACGAUGCCAUCAUUUAAGGAAAUCCAAGGACCAAGGAAAGAAGACAAACUGAUUUAGUCCUAUCGGUUAAUUUUGGUUUAUUAAUAAGUUUAAAACCAUAUUCUCUUCUUGAAAAUAGUAUCAACUGGCCACAUUUAAAAUGUACAAUGUAUCACAUAAAUAUGUAAGGAUUCCUCAGGACUACUGGAGGUAAAAGGGGUUGGUUUGGGUUUUUUACUAAAUAGCUGGAGCUCACACAGACAAUGUAGUGGCCACAUGCGCUUUUAGCAAAUUCAUAAUAAAACAAGGACUAUCCCAUUUUUUAGUCACAAAGGACCAGUAGUUGAAAGACAUCAUCACUAAAGGGUUAAGACGCAUCUGCGUAUAUAAAUGAGAAGCCUGUUAGAGCAGUCAGAAUUUUGAAUGUCUUUGUUGCUCACACAAAGAACUUCAGUGCUUUUCAGAGCUGGAUAUACCCUAAUUACUGAUGCCACACAACAGAAAUUGUACAAUCAAGUAAACCACGUCUGAAGCAUAACUGAAAGCAUCAACAUUUUCCUUGUUUUAGAGUGUAGUAUUUGGUCUAGAAACAACACACAUCAGUAAUGAUUUGUUUUAAUGCUUCAAAGAAAACCAGCUAGAGAACCCAGUAGGAGCAUUGGAGAGCAUGUGUUUUUAUUAGUAAUUUCUUUUAAGCUUUUGGUGUUGAUACAUUUUUUUCUCUGUAAUUUAGGCAAACUGCAAUGUUUAGCAUCAUAAUGUUUUAAAGACAAGUUGUUAGUAUUAAAUAAUUCUGGCAUUAUAGGGAAAAACUAGAAGUUAGGUAAUUUGCUACUGUGAGAAUAUUUUCACCACUGGAAAUUGCCUUAGUUCGUAUUCAUUUGUUAAUUUUAAUUUUAUAUUAAUUGAAUAUUUUAAAGAAAUGUAUAGCUGCUUUUAAUAUUUGGAAAAUUUUAAUAGAGCGUAAACACACCUAACUUAAUAAAAGCCCUAUACAUGAUUCCCAGAACAACAUGUAUAAUUCUGUGGAGUCGUAACUAUAAAUUAAUGCUGUGUUUAUUAAGCAGAGGGUUACGGGCCCCCCAGGCUACGGACCCUGCAGGAUGCAGGUGCUGCCUUUUCAUGCCUGUCAAUUUUACUCAAUAUUUUGGGAAAACUUUUAUAGUAAAACCCCAACAUAUUUUGGAAUAAAUUCUUAGGAAGUUUUAAGAAAAGAGUUUUUAGACAGGAAAGUUCCUGUUUCCUCGUUUGGAUGUCCCCCAGACCCCGCCUUUUACUGCGCAUUGUUAGUAGGGAGAAGCAGCACCAUCCGUUGCAGAAGCCGGCAGAUUAGCCAGUGCGUUUUGGGAGUGUUUUCAGUUUUACAGUUUAUAUACCAGCACUCAAAACUCAGGGUCAAGUUUUAACAAAAGAAGUAUCUAGUCAUACUAAGAACUAAGAUACUGUUUCCAUCUUAGAGGGCCAAAGUAAAGCACACCCAUUUUUGAAAGCCAGAAAGUGAACUAAGCUGUCCUACUGGACGUGCGCCUACAUAUAAAAGGAGUAAAACAGAACUUCUGUCAGUUUUUCAUUAGCUGCAGAGUAUGGCAGAGAGAAAAAUUUUGAAAUGGAUUGUUUGCUAUGCAUCAUAACCAACUGAUCUGAUGAAUGUAGAUGUUAAAAAUUGUCCAAAAAGGUGUGACACACACAGCAUGGAGGACACUUCAUGAAACGUGUUUAGUUUCCAAAAGAGAUGUGGGCUUUUGGGUGAGUUUAUAAUGAACUUGGCCCUAACUGUUUGUGCCACCACUACUUUCAUUUCUUUGCAAAAUACGUGUAUAGUUUAAAUACACUUCAUAGUAAUGACAGCCUUUAAAUUUAACGUUGGUUCCCCUGCAUUCUCGGUAUUUCAGUACUUCAAGUUGGAACUUUAUGGACCAGCCUGAAGUUUUUUUCUUGAAUACUUGUUUCUUUAGCACUUUGAAGAUAGAAAACCACUUUUAAGUACUAAAUGUCAUAUAUCUUGAAAAUUUCCUCUACUUAGGUUUAAAAUGAUUUAGUUACGUCUUUUCUCUGUAUGUAAAUACCAGUACUUUCGGUGCAUUUUUUUAUUUGCAAAAAUUGAGGGAAAUGGUGAUCUAAAAUAUUUUAUUUUUUUCUUUUGAUCUAAAAUAUUUUACAAAGUAAAAUAAGCAUAAAUUUAUCUUCCUAUUGUUUAUCUUAAGCAAAUGCUCAAUUUUGUUUGCAUUCCAUGAGAAUGUAUUUACUUGAAGAUUAAAAACAAUCCACAUAUGUGUCUAAAUAUUAGGCAGAAGCCAAUCUACGACUUUAAAAUUUCCUUGGAUAAUCCAUAAAAAGAGUAAUUCAGAUACAGAUAAAUGAAAACUAGCAGUAUAUUAUAGUGAUAAUUUUGUAUUUUCAGGAAAAUCCUGUUACCUUUUUUCCUUUUUAUUACAAUGACCAGCUUUGGUAUUUCAUUGUUACCAAGAUCUAUUUUUAGAAUAAAAUUUGUUCUAAGACUUUGAAA